ACAGGGAAGGCGGCGCCGGGGCCGUGCGGGGCGCGGUGCCUGCCCGCCGCCCGCCCGCCCGCCGCCGCCGCCGCGUUCCUCCUCGCCGCCCGCCGCGCUCCAUGGCGACCCCCAGCCCCUGCAUCGUGAUUGGCGACGAUGAACAAGGUUAUGACCUGGACUUGUUUUGCAUACCUAAACAUUAUGCAGAUGAUUUGGAAAAAGUCUAUAUUCCUCAUGGGCUCAUCAUGGACAGGACGGAGAGGCUGGCACGAGAAAUCAUGAAGGGCAUGGGAGGACACCACAUCGUAGCACUCUGUGUACUCAAGGGUGGCUAUAAAUUUUUUGCUGAUUUAUUAGACUACAUCAAAGCGCUGAACAGAAACAGUGACAAAUCGAUCCCCAUGACUGUGGACUUCAUUAGGUUGAAGAGUUAUUGUAAUGAUCAAUCAACUGGAGAUAUAAAAGUCAUUGGUGGAGACGACCUUUCAACCUUGACUGGAAAGAAUGUUUUGAUUGUGGAGGAUAUAAUUGAUACUGGUAAAACAAUGAAAACGUUGCUGUCUCUACUUAAGCAGUAUAACCCAAAGAUGGUGAAAGUAGCCAGUUUGUUGGUGAAGAGAACUCCUCGAAGCGUGGGAUAUCGGCCAGACUUUGUUGGCUUUGAAGUGCCAGACAAAUUUGUUGUGGGAUACGCCCUAGAUUACAAUGAAUACUUUCGAGAUUUGAACCAUAUCUGCGUGAUCAGUGAGACGGGGAAGCAGAAGUACAAAGCAUGAAAGCACAGUUCAAGUGCUAUGACAACAGAGCUUUGAAAUGUUUUGUUUACCAAGUCCUAUCUUUCACAGGCUUCAGCUCUGGUACACCUGCUAAAAUGGUAGAACUCCCCAGCCCCAUUGUCAUACGCUAACUAUAAUUUAUUGCAUGUACAAUAUAAGAGCUUGUCUUGUUCAUUUAUAUUUUAGAAACAUAAAGAACUAGUGCAACUCUGCACUCCUUAUUUUGAUUUGCACUAUGACUCUACCGACUCUUGCUGCCCCUGGUUGGGUUGUGCUGUUUGGGCACUCCAGAGUCUAACUCUCGCAGUCGUAAAUUGCUUAAACCUCAUCAACCCAGAACUGAAAUAGUUCAAGUACUGUAAAUGUAAAACAUUUUAUGAUAGGGAAGUCUAUUAGUAAUAUUUUUGAAAUCUGUAAUUUAAGUUUUAUAUUUUAAUGCACAAAUGUGAUUGUGAUUAAUGGAUAGUUGUACCUUUGAGUGUUCUAAAGCAUGCGGAGCAGCUGGUUACAGUAUCUGUAAUCUCCAAGGAGCUCAUUCAGUUCUUCUGGAGUUGCCUUAUUGCUGUAAAGGAAGUCUGGGUGAAAAAUGUCUUGUUUGUUUGUUUAUUUUUUGUUUUGUAAAGGAGAUGGAAUGACAAAACAGAAUGUUUAAAAUCUAGUUUUCAUUGAGCUGCCUGUUUCUGUCAGAUUUUUUUUUUGCUUUAAAAAUAUCCAUCAGCCAGUGGAAUUGCCUUUUGAGUUUAAACAGUUUUAAUAUAUUUGUGGAAAAAAGUAUUGUAAUGUUUACUUUAUAAGAACUACAAAACAAAGUACUUCAAAUAAAGGCUGUCUCUUUAAAGAAAGCCCCAUACAUCUAUGCCACUCGUUCUGUAUAUUAAAGUGCUCUUGAAAUUUUC